AUGUCACGCCUUCUCCCCCGACGCAUUCCCCUAACCCCCCUCCGCACAACUCGCCUCUCCUCAACCUUCCAGACCCGCCCCUCACCACCAAAACUCCCCGCCGACCAACAAGCCGAAUUCGAGCGUCUCCAGCGCGCAGCCUCCGUGUCAUCUGCCUUCCAGCCCGAAGAAGCAUCAUCCGCUGCCACUACGCCUGCUUCGUCGCAGGUCCGUCACACGACCACGCCCGAAAAGACGGAUGAUGUGAAUGUUGGCUUGUUCCGUGGUGCGCCGCCUGAGUUUGAGGGUGAUACGAAUCCCAAGACCGGAGAGGUUGGAGGCCCAAAGAAUGAGCCCCUGAGAUGGGGCGGAGAGGGCGAUUGGUCUUACAAUGGACGAGUUACGGAUUUCUAA